CGCACAGGCUCCUUACCGCGGCUGGAAGCCCGGAGCGAUGGCAGCAGCGGUAUAGUCAGGGAGAAGAGCAGGUGGAGGGCUGGGCGGAGAAGAGUUUCGGUCUCCGACACGGGGAGUGUGGCCGGGGGCGGGGAAGGAUUUCCGGCUUCGUCGGGACGUGGGCGGAGCGUGCGGGGCCCUGACGUGGGGUUAUUAGGUUUCUGCAAGCUACUGGAGAGCUGAUCAAGAUUUUAAGCUAAAGAUGGUGGUGAUGAGUUACCUGAGGGUCAUUCUUCAAGCCUCUCCAUGCAAGACCCUGUGGAGAAGGUUCCAGAUUCCAAGGUCCACCCCUGCAAGGCCUUGCAGCCUCUACACCUGCACUUACAAAUCCCGGAACCGAGUCUUGCACCCCCUCUGGGAGAAAGUGGACCUGGCCCCGGCGGGUGAGCGCCAGUCGCCCAUCAACAUCCGGUGGAGGGACAGUGUCUACGAUCCUGGCUUACAGCCGCUCACCAUCUCUUAUGACCCGACCACCUGCCUCCACGUCUGGAAUAAUGGGUACUCUUUCCUCGUGGAAUUUGAAGACUCUGCAGAUAAAUCAGAUGUGGAACCAAGGAUGAGGAAAACCAACUGUAAAAUUAAAUAUGCUGAUUUUCAACUGUGAGGUGGCUGGCACCCCUAACCUCUGCGUUAUUCAAAGGUCAACUGUACAGAACAAAAGGCUAGUCAGGCAAGAAAAAGAUUUGGUCACCCAGCAACAUGUAUGUAUUUUGUCAUUCAUUGAUUUAUUUAUUAAUUCAACAUUUACUAAGUGCCAAUCAUGUGCCAGACAUGGCACUAAGUGCUAGAAAUAACAACUCGAUUCUUGGCGUCCCAGAAUUCAAAGACUAGUGAGAGAAACAUAUAGUAAAUUAGAAUUAUACAGCAAAUAUGAUUUGAAAAAGAGUUUCUAAAAAUACUGUGGGACCACAGAUGAGGGUGUGAUAGACUGUUCAGAGGAGUGUAUGGUGAUUUCACUAAGGAGGGGACAUUUGUGUUGGGUAUUGAAGGAUGAAUAGGCAUGUGCCAAGAGGAUUAGAAGGGCAUUCCAGACUGAAGGAAAAUCAUGUGCAGAAACAGAUGUUAAGAAAGUGUCCAAAACCCACUGUGGCCAACAUGAGAGGGUAUGCUGUGGGGAGAAGCAGGAAGAAUGGUGACCACUGAAGAUUAAGAGGGUAGAUGGAAGGCAGUCUUCUGACUGCCUAAAAAUAACACUGGUUAUUUUUAAACAAGAGAAUGGUAUAACAUGAUAUCAUCUAAAUAAUUGGUCAGUUGCUUCAUUUUUUUUGAGGUUAACCCAGGCAACAGUACAAGAUUAAUCUACAUGGGAGAUGAUGGGAGCCUGUGGCAAUCAAAGGAGAGAAAGCAAGUUUUAACAAGCAUUUUAAAAAUAAAAGCAAAAUAUAAAAAUAAAAGAACUUGGAGUCUUCUUCAAAUGAGAAGAAGGCAAAGUUAACCGUGAUCUUGUGGUGUCUCACUUGGGAGUCUCUGGGGUGGCAAUGCCAGAAAGUUCAUGAAUGAUGGACAACGAAUAAUUUGUAGGGAAAAAUAGGGAGCAUGUAAGAAAAUAAAAUUUCUUCUUACAACUUUUCUGCUAAUUUAAUUUUAAAUGUUACAUUAAAAAUAGAAACACAUUUCAACUGGUUAUGCCUCAAAAAAGGAAUAUGUCUGCAAUUCCUGUCUAAUUCCCAUAGGAAGAAUCUGUUUCUCUCAAGACAAGCAUCUUCUCUCCUUUUGAUGCAAAUGGAUUUUGGAUUUUAGUAUUUCCUGCAGAUCAAGAUGAGAAUGAAUAAAUAUUGAUCCCUCACUGAAAUGUUACUCAUUUUACUAUAAAAUUUUUAAAAUGUUUCUCCCCAGAUAAAUCCUUUAUUCAAAGUAAUAUUAAUUGCUGCUCCAUUAAUUGCAUAAUUAAUUGCAUAGGUUUCUUCCUAUUCUUUGUUCCUAUCUCAUUUUGCACCAGACUGUCAUGUUUUUACCAGUGGCUUUAUUUUAGGUGAGGAAACAUGUUUAAAUAGUAUAGGCUGAAUAAGGCCACCAACUUAUUUUGGAGUGAUCCUAUAUGAUCAAGCACUAAUUCGUUUAAUGGUGUUUCAGCUGCACUUGGUAUAUCAGAAUGCAAUCCAAUUUUAAAGUUUUGAGGGCGCAGCAACUGGAAGAAGAUGGUUUGGCUAUGGUAGGAAUAUUUUUAAAGGUUAAAAAAAAUCUUACCAAGUUUAAAUGAUGUGUUGCAUUCUAGAAUGAAAAGAUAGAACAUUAGAAUAUUGUUAUUUUCUUUAAGAAUAUGGGGAUCAAUACAUUGGUAUGAUAAACAAUGGUUAAAAGAUUAAGAAUAUAUUUCAAAUGGUAUAAAACUAGGCUGUCCAGUAUGGUAGCCACAGGUCAUAUAUGGCUGUUGAGCACUUAAAAUGUGGCUACUGUGAGGACAUGAAUUUUAAAUUUUAUUUUAAUCAAUUGUCAUUUAAAUUUAGGAACUGACAAUUCAGUUAUUGGAAAACUUGAAAAUGUCUGGAACAGCUUGGGUAUGUUAUAUACAUUUUCAAGUGUAAAAUAUACAACUCAAGUGUAAAAUAAACAAAUCAAGUAUUUCUGAUGAAAAUUUAGCAUACAAAUUCACAUGUGCUGUAUGUAUUAAAAUUAAGUUCACCUG